UUCCUUUCUAUAUCUGUUGUGUAUCUCAAGAAAAUGAAGGGGAAGUUUCUGAGGGCAUGCUUUAACAAAUGGAGGAAGGUGGGGAGUAGAGUCAUUCCUAGCACUGGCUGUGAGUACUGCUAUCAUUGGGCAUUGUGGCCUUCCGUGCAUGAGAAGAAUGUGAUUCCAAAAGAUGUUCCAAAGGGUCACUUGGUAGUGUAUGUAGGGGAAAAGCUUAGGCGCUUUGUGAUCAAAGUCAGCUUGCUUGAACACCCGCUGUUCAAGGCAUUGUUGGAUCAAGCAAAGGAUGAAUAUGACUUCAAUGCUGAUUCCAAACUCUGCAUUCCCUGUGAUGAAAGCCUCUUCCUCCAUGUUGUUCGUUGCGCUAGCUCUCCACAGGACCGAAAGCUGUCCCACUGUCUUCAGCAAUUCAUUUGAGAAACCCGAUUGAUUCAAAAAUCCUGAGAGACAACUAAUAUGUAGUGUAUCAAGUAGAAUUUGGUAACAUAACUAUGCAUGUAGCUCAUAAAUGUAACUAAAUUAAAUUCUGUUUU